GAAUUUCUCUCUGUAUCGCUCUUGACUAACAGAAUCGAAGGACGACGAUGAGUUUCCGGUCAAGGUUUCCGCCACCGCUGCCGGCGCCUUCUUCAAUUUCGAUUUCGAACUUCAUCUUCUUCGUCCUCUGCAUCGUCCUGUUUCAGAAAUCCGACGCUCAAACUGCCCGAACUGAUCCUUCUGAAGUGAGAGCCUUGAAUUCGAUAUUUCAACGAUGGGACGUUCGAAUUCCCAGGAACCUGUGGAAUAUAAGCGGAGAACCAUGCAGUGGAACAGCGCUCGGACCAGAUUACGACAAGGAGUACAACAAUCCAGCCAUCGAAUGCGACUGUACCUUCGACGGCAACACCACUUGCCAUAUUACCAAACUGAAAGUAUGGCAACUUAACAGGCAAGGGGUUUUUCCUGAAGAACUUGCUGCUCUAACUUACCUCACUGUAUUGAAAAUCGAUCAGAAUGCCUUCACUGGUACCUUGCCUCCAUUCAUUGGAAAUUUUUCUGCAUUGAUGGUCUUGUCGGUUGCCCACAAUCAGUUCUUUGGUCCAAUACCCAGGGAGAUUGGAAAUCUUAAAAAACUAUUCAUGCUGGCUUUGAGUUCCAAUAAUUUUUCCGGCAGUCUUCCCCCAGAACUUGGAAACCUAGUUAAUUUGCGGCUAUUAUACCUAGACAGUUGCGGUGCUGGUGGCGAGAUUCCCUCAACAUUUGCCAACCUCCAAAAUUUGGUUGACAUGUGGGCACCAGACAACCCGUUUACUGGAAAGAUACCUGCUUUUAUAGGCAACUGGAGAAUAUUAGACCGCCUGAGACUUUACGGCAAUAAUUUUGAAGGUCCAAUACCGGCUAGUUUCUCAAAUUUAACCUCAUUGACAGAUAUGCGAAUAGGUGAUUUGCAGAAUUUUAGUUCAUCUCUUGAUUUUAUAACCAACUUGAGGAACUUAACUAACUUAGUUAUAAGAAAUGCAUUAGUUUCUGGUCCUAUCCCAAGGGACAUUGUUCGAUUGGAAAAGCUAGUUACAUUGGAUUUAAGUUUCAACAAUAUAAGUGGUCCGCUUCCACCAACGUUAAUGAAUAUGAGUUCCCUCGUUUCCUUGUUUCUUGGAAACAACAGCUUGUCUGGUUCUCUUCUUCCUGAAAAAAGUGAGAAGCUUCAGAAUAUAGAUUUCUCUUACAAUGAACUCGAUGGAAAUUUUCCUCGGUGGGUGCAGCCAACAUGGAAAAUGGCUAAUCUGCAAUUGAAUCUGGUGGCUAAUAACUUCAAAUUUGACAGCAGAAACAUAAGUGAUCUCCCAGGAUUGUUUUGUCUUCAGCGAGACUUUCCUUGCAACAGGAACACGACACCCUAUUCUGGCUUUGCAAUCAAGUGUGGUGGCUCAAAAAUGAGGUCCGCCAAUGGCAUAUCAUUCGAGAAUGAAAACCAAACUUCCCUUGGACCAGCUUCUUUUUAUUUAAAUGAAGACAAAUGGGGAGUCAGCAAUGGUGGUAUUGCCAUUGACACAGAUGAUCCGUCAUUUAUAGUAUCCACCACAACAGAAGUAAAUAACACAAGAUAUCCAGAGCUUUUCCGUACUUCAAGGACGUCUCCAAGCUCGCUUAGAUACUACGGUUUAGGACUAAAAAAUGGUCCUUAUACUGUAAGCCUUUACUUCGCGGAGACCGUCUUCAAUCGAAGCAGAAACACCUGGCAGGGUCAUGGGAGGCGUGUCUUUGAUAUUUACAUCCAGGGAAAUCGUCGACAGAAGGACUUUGACAUAUCAAAGGAGGCAGGUGGUGUUGGAAGAGCUCUCAUAAAGGAUUUUGAUGUUAAUGUGACGCAAAGUUUUCUUGAGAUUCAUCUGUUCUGGGCUGGGAAGGGGACUUGCUGCAUUCCUGAACAGGGAGAUUAUGGACCUUUAAUUUCUGCCCUCAGAGUUUCUGCUGGUUUCGCUGUCAAGAGCAAGUCAAAAACUGGAAUGAUCAUUGGUAUUGUAGCUGGUGUGGCAUCUGUCAGCCUUAUUCUCUUAGCUUUUGGUUUAUACUUGAAAAGGAGAAGGUCAAAACAUGGGGAAGAAGAAGAAUUUCUUGGAAUUGGGCUUAAAAUAAAUACUUAUACCUAUGGGGAACUGAGAACUGCAACUUCAGAUUUCAGUCCUUCAAAUUUGCUCGGAGAAGGUGGUUUUGGACCUGUUUACAAGGGGAUAUUGAAUGAUGGCAGCAUAGUAGCUGUGAAGCAACUGUCAGUAGCAUCCCACCAUGGGAGGAGUCAGUUUAUAGCUGAGAUUUCAGCCAUUUCAUCUGUCCAGCACUGGAACCUUGUGAAGUUGCAUGGUUCCUGUAUUGAAGGAGCUAGAAGACUUCUGGUUUACGAGUAUCUUGAGAACAAAAGCCUCGAUCAAGCACUUUUCGGCAAUAGUGAUGUGCACCUUGACUGGUCCACACGCUUCAAUAUAUGCUUGGGAACGGCAAAAGGUCUGGCUUAUCUUCAUGAAGAGUCGAGGCCUAGAAUUGUGCAUAGGGAUGUCAAGGCAAGUAAUAUCUUGCUUGAUGGAGAAUUAUGCCCAAAAAUAUCAGAUUUUGGGUUAGCAAAACUAUAUGAUGAUAAGAGAACACACAUGAGUACCCGAGUUGCAGGAACUAUUGGCUAUCUUGCACCAGAGUAUGCAAUGCGAGGGCAUCUAACAUCAAAGGCUGAUGUUUUUGGAUUUGGAGUUGUCUGUCUCGAGAUUCUUAGUGGGAGACUGAACUACGAUGAGAAACUGGAUUCCGAGCAGAAGUAUCUUCUACAAUGGGCGUGGAGUCUACAUGAAAGCAACCGAGAAUUGGAGCUGAUGGAUCCAGCUUUGACAUCUUAUGACAAGCAGCAGGCUACCCGUAUGAUAGGGGUGGCUCUUACGUGUGUUCAAGCAUCGCCGUCUUUGAGACCAGCAAUGUCGCGUGUGAUUGCAAUGCUUUUAGGGGAUGUUGAAAUAAGUGCCGUCUUAACGAAACCCAGUUAUUUGACAGAUUGGGAUUUCAAUGAUACGACUUUCUUUGAGGAAGAACCUAUGCCCUCCCAAACUACAACCGUGGCUACAACCACGACCACAACUACCUCAACCGGUGUCGACUCCUCCAUGUCAACCCCCAUCAUCUUGUCGGAGCUAUUGGACAAUAGAAGUAUUAGAGAAGGAAGGUGACACAUCAUAAUUCCAGGUUUGUGCAUUUUCACACGAUUGAAAUAUGUAUAUUGCAAAUAGAAACAUUUUUUUGAUGAUAGAAGUUGCUGGAUAUUCCCCUGACCUCACCUCCGGAAUACCGGAUUUGUUUGGUUUGGUUUGGUUAUAAGUUUGUUGAAACACCACCCGGACCGUGUGACGUCUUCACUGAACGGCCUUGCGGUGGCUUGGGGACUUGCGGGGCCGCAGCACCUGGAACUUGGCCUGAUGGUGUGACGUCUUCACUGGGACGGGCUACGACAUGGUUAUUGGUGCAUCUAUUGAACUCGAUGGACAGAAACCAAGUUUCUCCAAACAACAUGGAUUAUCUUUGUAAUUUACUUCUCAUUUUUUUGUUAACAAAUAAGAGCAAAAUGUAUCAACUAUCAAAAUAAAUAGAAGUUCGUUAUGGUUGAUGUUUAGUGUAGUGAUAAAUUGUUAUUUUUAGUUAGUGUAACAAA